AGGACAAAGAGGAGUGGACAGGCCGCUGGGCCGGCUGGUGCCAUCAUGUCAGAGAAAGUGAACAACUUCCCACCAUUGCCCAAAUUCAUCCCGCUCAAGCCAUGUUUCUACCAAGACUUUGAGGCGGAUAUCCCUCCUCAGCAUCUCAGCAUGACCAAGCGCCUCUACUACCUCUGGAUGCUGAAUAGCGUAACGCUGGCCGUGAACCUGGUGGGCUGUCUCGCGUGGCUGAUCGGAGGCGGGGGAGCUACCAACUUUGGCCUCGCCUUUCUCUGGCUCAUCCUCUUCACACCCUGCUCCUACGUCUGCUGGUUUCGGCCCAUUUACAAGGCCUUCAAGACUGACAGCUCCUUCAGCUUCAUGGCAUUCUUCUUCACCUUCAUGGCCCAGCUGGUCAUCAGCAUCAUCCAGGCUGUGGGCAUCCCAGGCUGGGGUGUCUGCGGCUGGAUCGCUACCAUUUCCUUCUUCGGAACGAACGUUGGCUCAGCGGUGGUGAUGCUCAUUCCCACUGUCAUGUUCACGGUCAUGGCUGUCUUUUCCUUCAUUGCCCUCAGCAUGGUUCAUAAAUUCUAUCGGGGCAGCGGGGGGAGUUUCAGCAAAGCUCAGGAGGAGUGGACCACGGGGGCAUGGAAGAACCCGCACGUGCAGCAGGCGGCCCAGAACGCAGCCAUGGGGGCGGCGCAGGGUGCCAUGAAUCAGCCGCAGACUCAGUAUUCUGCCACCCCCAACUACACAUACUCCAAUGAGAUGUGAACGAGCCAAGCCUACCAGAAGCUGGCUGGGGGCCGGUGGAACGGGGGCUCAAGCCACACGUUGUGGUGACCAAGCAGGGUUCCCCCUUCCCUUUUUCUCCUCCUCCACUUUGUACAAAGAAUCAGAGUUAUAUAUAUAUAUAUAUAUAUACAUAUAUAUGUAUAUCCUCUCCCCCACACCCUUGGAUUCACGUGGAGCUGUCCCGUGCGGUGAUAGCUGUGUCUGUGUCCCCUUGUGAAUAGUGUGCAGUGAAGGUCUCUGUUGUUGUGGUGCUAGAUGUAUGUUUAGAACUAAACCAGCCCCCCACCCUCCACCAGGCUGCCCCCUCUGACCUUGGCCCAGGGACCCUUCAUGGGGCAGAGGGAGGCAUAGCAGAAGAGCCUGGCCCCCUCCCAAGGGUUAUGAGCUGAAACUGUUUCCACUUUCGGUCUUACUGGGGAGCAGCAGUAUUUAGAACUCAUGGGGAUGGUAGUGGGGAGAGUGGAGACCCGCAGAGGAUCUUCUUCUGCUCCUUCUGAUCCAGGUCUCUCCCUGCCACCACCCCCAACCUCCUCCUCCCCUCCUCUCUUCCUGCUGUCAGAUUCCUGUGGUCCCUUCUCCUGCCCAGGGUCUCUCUCUUCUCUCUGUGGCUUUUCUUUGUCUUCUCCAAGGUUGAGUGUCCCAGUUGUAUCUGCUCCUGAGACUGAGCCCCUUCCCAGAUCCAGGAAGCAGACAGGGGAGCUGAGCCUUAGCCCUGAUGUGGGAGGGCCCACAGCCGGAGAUGCAGAGCCCACCUGGGUACCUGAAUCCAGGGGAUGGAAAUGCAAGGCAGGCUCCUCUCUUCCCUGCCUUGCCUUCCCCUCCUUCUCUUCCCAGAGCCCCGUUGAGCCUCGUCUGCCUAUGUCCCAGCUGUGGCCUGAUUCUCCUACCCUACCCCUACUGUGUUCUAGGUGGCAUCUGCCAUCCAUAAGGGCAGAUUCUACUGCCUUCCCUGAAGAGCUAGGCAGUGUCCAGGCAAUUUUCAGGUGUAAAGGUGCAGCUGGAGCAGAGGGACUCCCCGGAAUGGACUACAGUUCCCAGAAGGCUGAGAAGUGGACUGCAACUCCCAGAAGUCUGCGCAGUCGUGGAGGCUGCCGGCGACUGUGGUAGCGUUGCGUGCCAGUCAGAAUCUGUGGGAGGGGCGACCGAGGUAUCGCGAUAUUUUGGGGGCUGCUCCGAGACGCGCCUGACGCGGGUGAGGAGGCUGGGGGGCCCUCUGGAGGCAGGUUUCACGCGGUGGGGCAGGAGGGAGGCUGGAAAAGCUUCAUUCGCGAUUUUGGGUCUGUGGCUCUGUGUGUGACCUCACUGUGUGUGUGUGUGUUCUCUCCCUCCUAUCGGUGCCCGAGAAGCUUUGCUGCGGGUCUGCGCCUGUGUGUGUGUGUGUGUGUGUGUGUGUGUGUGUGUGUGUGU